GCUAGGGGCGCGCACACACACACUCACAAGCCGCGGCGGCGGCGGCGGCGGCGGCGGCAGGACGGCAAGAAGCUGAGGGAGGAGGGCGGGGGAGAGAAGGUGGUUCCGGGCUCAAGGACUCGGGCUGCUGCGUCGGCUCGCCUCUGAUCCACACCCUGCGUCCCAGAGGGAAGAAACUGAGGCCCAGAGAAAUGAAGAGAUUUGCCAGAGGUCACCCAGGUUAGGGCUAAGGUCCUUCUCCUCCUCUGGUCCCAACACCUCUUCUCUCCUUGGCUAAGGUUUUCUACACUCCAGUCUCCAGCUCCCUCUUUCUAAGACUGGCAAUGGGGAUCCCUGAGCAGCUGCUGAUGGUAUCCUUAGCCAUGCUGUCUUUUUCAGCUUGGAAUCCAGCCCAGGGCUCUCCUGCCAUCUUUGGGCCUGUCUUUGAAGACCAGCCUGUCAGCUCUUUGUUCCCUGAGGAGUCAUCAGAAGAGAAGAUAGCCCUGGCCUGCCGUGCCCGGGCAAGCCCUCCAGCCACAUACAGAUGGAAGAUGAAUGGCACAGAGAUGAAGCUGGAGCAGGAUCCCCACUACCAGUUGGUUGGAGGCAACCUGGUCAUCAUGAACCCCACCAAGGCCAGGGAUGCUGGUGUGUACCAGUGCCUGGCCUCUAACCCAGUGGGCACUGUGGUCAGCAGAGAGGCUGUGCUCCGCUUUGGUUUUUUGCAGGAAUUCUCCAAGGAGGAAAGAGAUCCUGUGAAAACCCACGAGGGCUGGGGGGUGAUGUUGCCCUGCAACCCGCCUGCCCACUACCCAGGUCUGUCCUACCGAUGGCUUCUCAAUGAGUUCCCCAAUUUCAUCCCAACUGAUGGGCGGCACUUUGUGUCCCAGACAACGGGAAACCUGUACAUCGCCCGGACAAAUGCCUCUGACCUGGGCAACUACUCCUGCCUGGCCACCAGCCACAUGGACUUCAUAACCAAGAGUGUCUUUAGCAAGUUUGCCCAACUCAACCUGGCUGCGGAAGACUCCCGUCCAUCUCCACCCAGCAUCAAGGCCAGAUUCCCCAUGGAGACCUAUGCACUGGUUGGACAACAGGUCACCCUGGAGUGCUUUGCUUUUGGGAACCCAGUCCCUCGGAUCAAGUGGAGAAAGCUGGAUGACUCACUGCCCACACAAUGGGCCACUGCAGAGCCCACACUGCAGAUCCCCAGCGUCAGCUUCGAGGAUGAGGGCACCUACGAGUGUGAAGCAGAGAACUCCAGAGGACGUGACACUGCCAAAGGCCGAAUCAUUGUGCAGGCUCAGCCUGAGUGGCUCAAGGUCAUCUCAGACACCGAGGCUGACAUUGGCUCCAAUCUGCACUGGGGCUGUGCAGCUGCUGGCAAGCCAAGGCCCACAGUUCGGUGGCUCCGAAAUGGGGAUCCCCUGUCCUCCCAGAACCGUAUGGAGAUUUCUGGUGGGGACCUGAAAUUCUCCAAGCUGGUCCUGGAGGACUCUGGCAUGUACCAGUGUGUAGCAGAAAACAAGCAUGGCACCAUCUAUGCCAGUGCUGAAUUGGCAGUACAAGCUUUUGCUCCUGAUUUCCGGCUGAAUCCAGUAAGGCGUCUGAUCCCAGCUGCUCGAGGGGGAGAAGUUAUUAUCCCAUGCCAGCCCAGGUCAGCUCCAAAGUCCAUUGUGCUCUGGAGCAAAGGGACUGAAAUCUUAGUCAACAGUAGCAGAACGACUAUUACCCCAGAUGGUACUUUGAUCCUUCGGAACAUCAGUCGGUCAGAUGAAGGGAAAUACACUUGCUUUGCAGAGAAUUUCAUGGGCAAAGCCAACAGCACUGGCAUCCUCUCUGUCCGAGAUGCCACCAAGAUCACCCUGGCACCAUCCAGCGCGGACAUUAAUCUGGGCGAGAACCUGACUCUGCAGUGCCAUGCCUCCCAUGACCCUACUAUGGACCUCACCUUCACCUGGGCCCUAGACGGCUUCCCCAUUGACUUGGAUAAAUCUGGUGGCCACUACCAGAGAGCCAGCUUGAAGGAAACCAUUGGGGACCUGACGAUUCUAAAUGCCCAGCUGCGCCAUGGUGGGAAGUAUACGUGUAUGGCCCAGACUGUAGUAGACAGCACAUCAGAGACUGCGACCCUCCUGGUUCGAGGUCCUCCAGGUCCUCCUGGUGGAAUAAUGGUGAGGGACAUCAGCAACACCACUGUCCAACUAACUUGGAGCCGAGGCUUUGACAACCAUAGCCCAAUAGCCAAGUAUAUCCUCCAAGCCCGAUCCCUGCCUGAUGGAAAAUGGAAGCAGGUCCGGACCAAUCCUGCCAAUAUUGAGGGGAAUGCAGAGACUGCUCAGGUGCUUGGCCUCACCCCCUGGAUGGACUAUGAGUUCCGGGUCUUUGCCAGCAACAUCCUAGGCACAGGGGAGCCCAGUGGACCCUCUAGUAAAAUCCGGACCAAGGAAUCAGCUCCCACGGUAGCACCGUCUGGACUCAAUGGAGGAGGUGGUGCCCCUGGUGAACUCAUUAUCAACUGGACGCCCAUUUUGCGGGAAUACCAGAAUGGAGAAGGCUUUGGCUACCUUCUGUCCUUCCGAAGACAGGGCAGCUCAGACUGGCAGAGGGCCAAGGUCCCCCACGCCGAUGCACUGCACUUUGUUUACCGGAAUGAAAGCGUCCGGCCCUACACACCCUUCGAAGUCAAGAUCCGGGGAUACAACCGCCAGGGAGAGGGGCCUGAGAGCCUCACCACCAUCGUGUACUCUGCUGAGGAAGAGCCCAGGGUGGCCCCAGCCAAAGUCAAGGCCAAGGGGGUUUUGUCCUCAGAGAUGGAUGUGAUGUGGGAACCAGUACAUCAGGACGACAUGAACGGGGUCCUCCUAGGGUAUGAGAUCCGCUACUGGAAAGAUGGAGACAAAGAGGCAGCAGCUGACCGAGUGAGGACAGCAGGACUCGACACGAGUGCCCGGGUCACUGGCCUGCAACCCAAUACCAAGUACCAUGUGACAGUUCGGGCCUACAACAGGGCAGGCACUGGGCCUGCCAGCCCCUCUACCAAUGCCACCACCAUGAAGCCCCCUCCCAGACGACCUCCGAGUAAUAUCUCCUGGACACUCUCCAGUUCCAGCCUCAGUAUUAAGUGGGACCCUGUCAUCCCUCAACGAAAUGAGUCUUCGGUCACCGGCUACAAGAUGCUGUACCGAAAUGACUUGCACUCAGCCCCCAUACUUCAUUUGGCCAACAAGAACUGGAUUGAGAUCUCCGUCCCUGAGGACUCCAACCAUGCUCUAGUGCAGAUUCGGGCCACGGGACCGGGAGGUGACGGGAUCCCAGCUGAGGUUCACAUCGUGAGGAAUGGAGGCACGAGUAUGAUGGUGGAGAACUCAGCAGCCUGUCUGGCCCCGCGUCUGGGCACCAUCCUCUCCCAUUCCCUGGUGAUGUUGGCCCUCCUUGGCUACUUGGAGCUCUGAUCCUGGCCUCCUGGUCCCUGCCCCCACCCCAGACCUGGACAACAGGACAGAUACCUCGGGAUGAACAGAGCCAGCUGGCCCCUGGCACACUCUCCCGAUGCUAAGGACCUCAACAAUUAUAUUCCCAAGAGGAUUGGUUUAAACAGCAACUUUAAACAAUACCCUUUUUCUUAGGAGGUAGGACAUUUUGUAUUGCCAGGGACUGGAACCCAAGAAAGGAUUUUUUCCCUCUUUAUAACCAGGAGGAAACAGGCACAAAAAUCCAUGAAAAAUAGUGAGCCCAGUAUCCUCGUGACCCACUGUCACUGGGGUUUCUGGAUGGAAAGAACUAAAUGGACAUAAGGAUGGGGAGUUUUAAUAUGUGUUCUUUGGACCAAUAGAGAUGGCACCCUUUAGGGACCCUGGGUAUAUCUGGAUCCUGCUUCCUAGAAGCAGAGGGGUUCAGACACGCCCAGACCCCUUGAUACAGCCAAGAUGGAUCUAGGGCUGGAGAAGCGGGACUGGAAAGCCUGAUGCAGACAUUCCUCAGCCAAAGGAGGGGGACAGCAGCAGGGCCAAGGACUGCUCACCCCCAGCCUAUGGGGGGAAGGGCUUAAUACCACCUUUGGCAUUUCCUCAUCUUUCCGGGCAGCUAAGAGAAAGAACUGAAAAUCCCCCAAUUCUAAGAACUGCAGAAUCCAAAGGGGGUUCCCAGUUACGAGGGGGGAGACGGAGGCAGGAAGAAGACGUUCAAAACUGACCAAAGGUUGCGGCUGCUGGGAGAAUGAUCUCAGCCAAAAGGCAACCCCAGAUUAAAAUGAAGCUGCCCCUGGGGUCAAGACACCCCAGCUAUUACAUUCGUGAGUCCAUACAGACAAAGCAAACAGGCUGGGCUUGAGAAGAUUGCAUGACCAAGGGCUCCAUCUUGGGGAAGUGCCCACCCCGUAUCCUGUUCCAGGAGUGGGCUCCGGAGCCUGACAAUUCUGCCUCAGCUUCCUCCCCUUCUCUUUCUCCCAGUAAAUCCUAAGGACCUUUCUUCUAAAUAUUUAGUUUCCUGGAAGGAUCUUUUCCUCUUCCCUUUCUUCUGUUGGGCCCAGAGCUCUAGCCAGGAGGUUUUUGGAAGAAUCAGCUUUCAGUAUUCUAGAGUCGGGAGUCAAACUGAUGGGUGCGAGGGAUGUAUGUCGGAAGUCACUUUGCCAGGCAUGUCCUGGACUGAGCAGACCCAGACUUUCUGUUGCCUUGGAGUGAGUGAGGCCAAAAUCAAAAGGGAGUGCUCCAGGGAGUGUCAGGAAUAGGCUGCAGCCUAAUGAGUGGAAGGAGAAGAGCAGGUUUAACUCCUCUGGGCCUCAGUUUCCCCAUCUGUAAUAAGAGGAGUUUGAAUUAGAUGACCUCUAAAGUCUCCAGCCACAACUGGGGCUGCAACAAUUUCAAAAAUCUGGUUAAUGGGGAAAGGGUCGUUGAGGGGAAUGGUUGGUACCUUUUCUGAAGCUCCCAGCUAGGGCCCAGCAACUGGGUCCCCAGUCACUCAGGGAGCUACUUCAGCCUCCCUACCCCUGCCUGUAUGAGCACAUCCAUAAGGACAUCCUGGUCUAUAAUCCUCUAAUGUAGACCUGCUUUCAAGCCAGCCAUCCUUCCUUCCCUUCCCUUCCCUUCCCUCACCCUCUCCUCUGAGGUCAGCUAAGAAAGGGGCCCAGUACCAAGACACUGAUUUGGCCCAGCCCAGCCAUACCCCCACACCUCUCCCUGACCCACAGGGUCUGCCAUUUUGGAGGUCACAGGCCUCACUGAGGCUCACUCACUGUGGCCCGUUUUCUCUGAGGGUUUGUAUCUAUUCUGUAGCUAUUACAGUGAAAUUUCUA